AUGUCGUCUAUCACCGUAUCCGAAGAGAACGAGUUGUCGGGACUUGUAAAAUCGCUGGCAGAACGACUUCUGGAAAAUGUUUACACCGAACUGAGGAACUGCUCGACCAUUGUGACCAUAACUCUGUCGGCUAAUGAAGAUCAUUACCGCGGCCCUGAGGAAAAUCCGGAAGUCACAAGGCAGACGCGAAGUGGUGACGUCAGUCUCGUGUGUGAAACGCAGUUUGGCCCAGUCGGCGACUGCGUUGAAACAACGGAUCCGUCAAGCCGCUGCGUCAGCUUGAAAGAGUUAUGCUACGUCGCGCUGGCUACAAUGGCAGGUCAGCCGACGGCUGAAGGUUAUAUGCCGAACAUUGCCAUAGAGUUCUCUACGGCUGACGUAGACACAGAACAAGAGACUAUCGUGUCGUUCGGCCGCGUGUUGGUAGCUGUCGAUGAGACGGAACCAGUUCACCGGCUCGAACCGGAGGAACGUCAACCGGCCGAACCCUGCAAACGCCGGCGUUCGCAGUGGAAGAGGACCAAACAAUUUCUCCGAAGGGAUCCGUCUAUUGAAUUUUACCCAAGUGCUAGACAAAUCGUAAAUAUUGGAAGUAGUGUAUUAUACCAAUGCCGAGUAACUGGAGGAAUUCCUACACCUAUUGUCAAGUGGACUAAACGCAAUGGUGAAAGUUUACCUAGUCAAGUGGAAGAGAUUCCACCGGGAAUAAUCAAAAUUACUGGUAUGGAAGCAUCUAGUGCAGGAGAAUAUGUUUGUGAAGCCAGAAACAAUGCUGGCAUGGCAUCAGCUAUAGCUGUACUUGAAGUCCAAUCUCUUCCUGUUAUUAAGUUAAGGCCAUCUGGUACUAUAACUGUACUACCAGGAAAACAAGUUAAGCUUCGCUGUCAGGCUACUGGAAACCCAUCACCCACCGUGACAUGGACUAAGCUUACACCAGAUUAUCCUUCUUACCCGGAAUCUCGCAGUAACUCAGGGUCUUCUGACACAGCUGAAUAUAUAAUAGAAAAUGCUCAACCAUCAGAUAUCGGGACUUAUUCCUGUAUAGCACAAAAUUCUGCCGGACCUGUGGAAGAACGAGUACAACUGAUUGUGUCUGAAGAUGGUUACGAAAUAUCUGGAGGAGAAUAUGAUGGAAAAAUAAACACAAAUGAAGAAGAAAAUAAAACAUCUGGACCGAUUAGAGGUGAUAUAGCUGGAAAUGACGAAAGCGGAGGUGACAUUCCUAACACAAAACCAGAAGAUGAAUUAGUGAAUUUGGUAGGAUCUAGAGCAGUCCUCACUUGCAAUGCUGACGCAUCAGCAAUUAGAGAUCGAAUUCGAUUAACGUGGGUGAGAGGUAACCAACUCUCAUUAUCGGAAGAACAUGAUAUUAUCAAUAAUAUGCUAAUUCUAAGAAAUGUCCAGAAAUCGGAUCAAGGACAGUACAACUGUUUAGGGAUAGAAUCCGAUAGAACUGUCGUUUUUAGUCGAUCCAUUACAUUGAAAGUAGUUGAACCACCAAGAAUUUCUUUGAACCCAACACGACAAGUUGUUAAACGAGGUGACAACGCUCAAAUUAUAUUUUUAAGAUUUAAUGGCAUCACUGAACAAGACACUAGUAGAUAUUUAUGUAAGGCUGUGAACAACAUCGGAGAAGCUGAAUCUGUUGCUGAAGUCAUAGUGAACGAUAACUCACGAGAUCAUCCUGCUCCAAUCAUCAGAGCAGUUGAUCACAAUCAAGAAGUAUUUGAAGGCGGAACCACUAAUCUUCGGUGCAUACUACCCAAAUCAACUGAACAACACACUGUAAAAUGGAGUCGUACCCGAUCACCACUUCCAUAUGAUAGUCAAUUACGAGGGGAAAUACUAAGCUUACGAAAUUUACAUAUGAAUGACACUGACCGUUACUUAUGUAAAGUCGAUAGUCCGUUCGGCACAACUACCGACUACAUAGAUCUCCGUGUUCUCCCAUCUUGUCUGAAUGACGAAUUCCGCUGUAAUGACGGGCAAUGCAUUAAUUUUAUAAAUUAUUGCGAUGGCGUAUCGGACUGUUCCGACGGUUCGGACGAAGAAGAUUCGUGUUUGGAGAAGAAAAAUAGAAUUGGUCGGAAUUCUGGUCUUUACAUUAAGCCCAGUCAAGGAACGGUGUACAUCGGCGACGUUCUAGAGCUUGAGUGUAUUUGGACCGAUAGCGCAAGCGCUAGCUAG